UAUUCAGACGACUGUCUCCGACAUGGAUAGAAGACUGCAUAACCUGACAGCCACGGUGACUGUCUUGAUGAGAAAUGUGUUGGCAACACGCAUGGCUCUGGCUAAACUGGAAGGGUUUCAUGACAAAGGAAUUGCAGUAGAGAAAAAAAUGAAGUGGAUUCUGCAAUAUGCAGUGGAUGUCACGUUUGACCCUGACACCGCUCACCCAAGCCUUGUCAUUUCCCCUGAUCACAAACAAGUAUGGCAAGGGCAGCCUGACCCUGCCCCCGACCCCAGAUACAACAACCCAAACCAGUUCGACUCCUGCGUCAGCGUCCUUGGCAAGGAGGGCUUCAAGUCUGAAAGGUUUUACUAUGAAGUGAAAGUCCAGGGAAAGACUGACUGGGAUUUAGGUGUGGCCAGUGAAUUCAUCAAAAGGAAAGGACAGGUUGUGCUGGGAACAGCGAAUGGAUUUUGGGUCAUAUGGCUUAGAAAUGGAAGCCAGUAUGCGGCACUGGACAAGACUGUGAUUCCCAUCUCCCUGAAUCAUCGGGUGGACACAGUGGGUGUGUAUGUGGAUUACGACAAGGGCCUUGUGGCCUUUUACGAUGCAGACAAGGGGACACACAUAUUUUCUUUCACCGGAGCUGUUUUCAACGGAGCGCUCCAUCCCUUCUUUAGCCCAAACCUCAGCUCAGAUAAUAAGAAUUCUUCCCCCAUGAUAAUUACCAAGGUUUUUCCCUGA